AUGCCAUCCUCCCCACUCAACUAUGAUGUCGUCUCCAACAUCAUCACUUUUGUCACUAAUGACCUUUCGUACAGCUCCUUGCUGGCUCUAGCACUCGUCUCUCGUGCAUUCCUAGACCCCGCUUUGGAUGUCUUAUGGGAACGACAAUGCUCACUCGGGCCUUUGAUUAUCUACACCCUUCCCAACGAUUUAUGGGAACUGGGGCCUCAGGAUGCCCAAGACAUACGUUUCAAAAGGCAUCCGGUUCCCUCAGACUGGGAUCGCCUCGCCUUCUAUGCCUACCGCAUCAAGACUCUCGACCAUAGCAUUCGCCGUCCAAAACUCCCAGACUAUUACCUGCACAAGUCAGCCCUCCAUACCCUGUUAAACACCUACCCAGCGCCUUUUCUUCCCAACCUUUUGGCCUUGCAUUCUGCGGUCAUCACCCACACAUCACCCAUCGACCAUUUUUUGACCAGCUUCCACUCCUUGCUUACUUCAAAAAUAAAACGCUUGACCCUCGAGUUACCCCAAAAUGGCAUAGUCGAGGAUACUAACUCCUAUCUCAAAUUGAUCAUAUCUCAGUGUCCCGAUCUGGAAUAUUUAUCAAUCAACUGUACAGUCCCCGUGGUGCUAACAUUGCACCAAUCACAUCUGCAUCGUCUUCGUCACUUCCACGUGCAUGGCCUGCUAUCCUUGUCCGCAGAUGCCGUCUCUUAUCUUUCCGCUCUACCCGAUCUUCGCGAACUAACGCUCGGCUUGAAAGGGCAAGAAUACCUCAUUUAUGCACCACAAUACACCGUCAGUGCGUUUCCCUCUCUCAGGCGCAUUGCCCUCCACAGCAACCUCAUCACACUCUGCACGCCAAUCAUCUCUUCUAUAUCUUCCACUCUCUUGGAACAAAUCACUUUGGACGUCUACCACACCCUCCCCCCACCCACUCUCCACGACUUCCUAGGUACCCUAUCAUCCAACCACGCUUGGCACCCCACCCUCCACACCCUCUCCAUCCGUCUUCACGGGCCACACGACAGCCUCGGCACUUUCUCCAAAUCCACCUUUUUCCCAUUGUGCAAAUUCUCGAACCUGAAAUGUCUCGCACUUCAAGAAAUUGGCACGAUUGAUCUGGAUGACGGGACGGUGGUGGAUAUGGGAACUGCAUGGCCGUUGCUCGAGACGUUGUCGCUCGUGAAUGCGUCCAGCCCGGCUGAGAGUCAAUCCCGGAUCACUUUGAAGGGAAUGAUUUCGCUGGUGAACCAUUGUCCCAAGCUCCAUGCACUUCAUCUGGGUCAUGAUAUCAUUAUGGCAUCGCCACGCGCAAAGGAUGAUCUCCUUUGA